AUGUCCGACAAUAAAAGCUCCAUUCACAAUUUCCAGGAGAACGCCAUCAAAAGCUUCAGAUCUCCUCUUGGAAAAGAGGUCGUGGUGGAUGAGAACCAUGCCGACGUAGCGUUAGAGUAUGCAAGAAAGCUGGACACGAUUGAAGAUGUUACAGACCAAGAAUACAAUGCUUUGAAACGGAAAAUCGAUUUUAUGAUCCUGCCACUUAUUUCUCUUAUCUAUGGAGUCCAAUACAUGGACAAGAGUACAACUUCUUUUGCAGCCAUCAUGGGCCUACGAACCGACCUGAACAUGGUGGGCCAACAAUACUCGUGGACUACCACGGCGUUUUACUUAGCGUUUCUUGCAGCAGUGUUUCCUUUGUCGAGGUGCUUGCAACGUUUCCCACUUGUUAAAACUACCUCGGUUUGUAUUAUUCUUUGGGGAAUAGUUUUAACGUGUCACGCAGCAUGUUCCAAUUACGCGGGCUUUAUUGUCUGUCGUAUUCUUCUGGGAUGUCUGGAAUCAGCUGUGACUCCUGGUUUUGUGUUACUUUCGGCCAAAUGGUAUCGACAGGAGGAGUCUUUCUUGAGGACAGUGGUGUACUACUCCAAUAAUGGGUUUGGUACAAUACUCGGAUGUGCUAUUGCCUACGGUUGCUAUGUUCACGCUGACUCCUACUCCAUAGAAGCAUGGAAAGUGCUAUUCAUUGUGACUGGUGUUAUGACCAUCGUCCUUGGAGGCUUAUUGAUGGUUCAUAUUCCAGACAAUCCCCCAGACGCUUGGUUUUUGAACGAGAGAGAAAAGGUCUUAGUCUUCCAGAGAGUCAAAGAUAGCAAGCAAGGAUACGGAAACCCAGAGUGGAAAUGGUAUCAAUUUAAGGAAUCUUUGAUCGAUCCUAGAACAUGGCUUGGGUUUUUCUAUGCCUUUUCAUCAAACAUUCCUAAUGGUGGACUUGGAUCCUUUAUGUCAAUUUUGCUGUCCGACUCACUAAAAUAUGGCGAUAAGAAAAGUUUGCUCAUGAGAAUGCCUGGUGGAGCUGUUGAGACUGUCGGAUUAAUUGCAUUUGCACUUUUUGUGGGAAAGUUCCCAUACAGAAUUGGUAUUUCUUCGUUUAUCACUAUUGUUGUUAUCGUUGGAUCAUGCAUGCUGGCCUUUUCUUCGAAUGCUCACGCGCAACUCGCGGGACUAUAUUUGUAUUCGCUGUCCCCUAUCGGAAUGAUUUGUUUCCUUUCUCUCUUUGGAUCGAAUACCCUUGGGUACUCCAAAAAGGUUACUUCACAAGCAAUUCUUUUGAUCGGCUACUGCGUUGGAAACCUCGUUGGACCACAGACAUUUUUGAGUACCGAAGCCCCGGGAUAUCAUUCGGCUAAGAUUGCAAUUGUCGUCUGCUACGUUUUCUCACUCUUUUGCUUAUUCGCUCUGCUUGGAGUUAACUAUUUUGAUAACAAGCGCAGAGAGAGAUUGGAAAGCGAGAAUCCUCCGCCAGAAAUUGAGAACUUGGAAUUUUCUGAUCUGACUGACUACGAAAUGCCAGGGUUCAGGUACCUUUACUAA